AUGGAUCUCACUGCAGCUCCCACAUUCGAGUUGGUUGUGCAAUUCACCAAGAGACUCUCCAAAAAGCUCGAAAAAAAUAAUCAAGAAUCCGCGCAAGCCUUCCAAGAACUCGCCGACCAACUACAUUCUGCAGCAUCAGACUGCAACAUUCAUCGAGUGAGCAAUGUACUCGUUUUGCGAUGUCCCUCCGAAACCGCGCGAGACUGUUACCAGAAAUCAUUCCUUUCAGAAAGCUUCAACGUUGUCGGCCAAUCAGUGAAAUUAUACGCUCUAGCAGUAAAAAAGGCAGAAGAAUGGUGGUUUCCUGUCAAGGUCCAAUUUCACAAAGCGAAAAACCUCACACUUCCCGAUGACAUCCCAAACCUGGCCAAAGCAUACACAGCCCUUUCAUCACAGUUGAAAACCCAACCCCAGAUCUUUCACUGCCACAUCAUUUCCACGAAAGACCUUGUCAUCAUCCGAUGCCCCUCACAUCAUCUGCAGCGCAUUUACAAAAGACGGUACGAUGGCGCGUCAGUCAUGAUCAGUGGAGUCAGCUUCCAAUUAUCGGCGGCGAGUGACGAUAAAGAGUCGAUCCGCGCUGUUUUGGCCUAUGAGAAUGCGCAGUUCAUGAAGGAGGUCGAUGCGGAAAUCAAACUUCUCCUGGAAGGUAACUUUGGGGAUUCUGAGGAAGAGCAUUCUGGAGGACAACCGACCCAGCCCAAGGAAACUUCUCAGACGCAAAAUGGCAAUGGGGAAUCUGUCAUCACUUCGAAGAUUUCAGAAAUGACGCCAAACGUUCCGAGAAUACCUUCUAUGCGGGAUCUACAACACCAGAACGAUGAAUAUAAGGGUAUACUUGGUAAACAACAAGAGAACAUCCGACAUCUCACUCAAACCAUCACAUCACUCCAAGAACAACUUACCGCCGCAGACAAAGCCCAAACUCUGCUGCGAGAGAAGCUUGAGAAAGCCGAAUCUGCCAACAGAAAGGUAGCCGCCCCUCAAAAUCCCAAGAACGAUGCCAUGGAAGAGAGUUCGAUAGGAAACAAGAGGCGUCGUGUAGCCACUGUGGAGGAAAAUUCGGAGGUUAGAGGUGUUAUCAGCCAGCUUAAUAGGCAUCGUGUAGAAACUGUGGAGGAAAAUGCGAAGGCUAGAGGUAUUAUUAGCGAUCCUAAUAGUUGGCGGCCAGGACAGCCUGCUAGACUCCCUCCAGGAACUCCUCGCAAUCCGCCUGGGUAUGUCAGAACGUAUCGCAAGAUCACACAAGAAGAGUGCGAGAUCCGGAUUCCUGCUGGCCAUGAUAUGUUUCGACAUGAGAGUAGCUACCUGUUCUGGAUGCCGGCUGGAAUUUUCGGACUAGACUACGAAGAAUGA